AUGGGCCAAAAGGCAUACUUUCGUUUGUUGACGCACACACAUAUCCAACUGCAGCAACCAACCAAAACUACCUUGAAGAAGGCGCAUCUAAACCUUAUUGUAUACAUCUGGACGCGGGUCCACAGUGGUGUUCCUGAUGUCCCCCAUGCCGCCAAACAUUCAGGCACCGUAAGGUGCGCAGAGGGCAGCGGUGUGGGGUUCAACAAAGAGCCCCCUGUGUUUGCUGAGGAAAGCAGUCCAAAAUUGAUCUACAAUGAAGUGGUACUAAUCGGCGAGGCUCAGCUAAAAUUUCUUUUUGAUAUAUCUGAUGAUGUUACUGUCAGCUGGGAUGCCGUUUUGUAUUCGGGAGGUCGAUUGUUGGUCAAGUUUCCUGACUUGGCUUUUGGCUGCUGCUCGAAAGAGAGUUUCGUGCGCCUGUUAGAAUUUGCAGAAGAAAGUUUGGAUUGCCGCGAAGUGUAUAUGGAAUUCGCAAGAGGUCGUCGUGAUCGAACCUUGAUUAUUCGCACUUUCAUGUACUUCGGAUUUUCACUGCUUUCUCCGGAUGAAACACCGCUGCCCAUUUCGGUGGAUAAUCUCGUGAUGAAGUAUGUUAUUGAGUGA